UAGAAACUGGUUCUAUUUUUGGAAGAAUGAUUCAAUCCAAUGGUGAAAGUGGCAUUCUAGCAACGAGUUGUCGUCGUGCUUGUACUGGUACCCCCGUAGAAAACGGCCAGUGGCCAAGCUCGUGAUGUACUGUUAAAGCGUCAUUUCAGAGCCCGUGCACCUCUUGAGCACCCAACCGAGAGAGGCUUGUUCGGGGGGCCGUCGUGCACAAACUCGGAUAAGCGUGAUGGACUGAUCUGUGAGUCGAGUCUCCACGCUGAUGCAGAUCGGCCUCGUCACGAUGGAUUGAUCCGUUGCGCAUUGCUAUCUGAAGGUUGACAUAACGAUAUUACGAUCAUCCUCAUGUGGGAGUGGAGUCUUUGUCAGCACGUUAUCGAGAAAGGAGUAGCAUCGGUCUCCACGAUCAAGGAAAUCGAGUCAAGACGAUUUUCAAUUUUUCUCUGGCUCACAACUUACUUCUUCCAAACAGAUUGCCACACUGCAAGUUUUGAAAUUCGAAUUGCGCACUCGACGGAUCAUCAAAUCAUGGAGCCUCCAGCUGAACAUUCGUCGUAUGAUCCUGCACACUACGGGCCUCCCCCACCUCACUACCAUCACUAUCCACCGCCUCCGCAUGCCCAUGGAUACUAUCCUCCAACUUCGGCUGCAUCGCCUCACCAGCCACAUCCGCAUCUGCAGCCGGGAUCGUCUUCGGAUAACAGCCAUCCUUAUGGCAGCACUCAGCAGGGUCCUUCCCCGCCAUCGUAUCCAACAUCGUCGUACACUGACAACACGCAUUCGCAUUCUUCCUCCUUUGAGUCUAGUGGGAGCUCUCAUUCCCAGAGCGGGAGUAUGCCCCCACCGUAUCCGUACGGAGCCCAUCCUCCUUCGAGAGACUCUGCAGCACCACCACCGACGCAUCAUCAUUCGAAUCACUCUCCACACCCACAUUACUACAGUUAUCCCAUGAUGCCCCCCGGGCCACCUCAUCCUGGAUAUCACCACGGAUACCCUUGGCCUCCCCAACCAACAAUUCAAUACGUUCAUGACGUGAGGCCGACUGAUGUUCUGAGCGGAAGAGGUGGCGCCACAAAUUGUCAUUCCGGCAACCGUGCGUUUCGAGCCAUGGUCAAGAAGUUCCAGCCUCAAUACUUGAAGGCCAAGAAACGGGACAAACCCAGCGUUGCUGUUGAGGUUGUUCAGCUCAUCCGAAAGAAAGGCGGUCGGUUCCUUCGCAGAUGUGAUGUCCCUGGUCCCCAAGGAGAAGUCAUGUAUUUCGACAUUGGGGACCGACGAGCCACCGAAAAAGCCUGUCAAGCACUUCGUGAAGGAGCACCAGCAAAACGUCGCGGUGGAAAGGAUGGAUCUGCACCCACGGAGGAAGAAGAAAGGUGCAUGUCGUCAGAGUCUGCCCAGGGCGAGGGAAUCCAAGCCUCGUCUACAUCAGAAGAGGAAAACAAGGAAAACAUGGAAAAGGAAUCAACCUGCAAGCGACAGGAGCCUGAACCUGCAAUAGAGCAACAACCUAUUUUCAUCCGCCCAUCACCCCGACUACUGCGACGACCUCGAAUCCAGCCAAUUUCUAUCAGUGAAUUGUCGCCAGAGAUUCGAGACACAUACUUGAGAGAGUUUCUACCUCCCCAUCCCAUGAUUGAGGUGAAUAAGGAGCAAGAGAACAAGUCCAGUGCUGCGGUUAUGCCAGGUCAUGAACCCCUAGACGAGGGUUGGUCCGUGGUAGGUGUCUGACACCGUUGUUCAGCCCGAGUCGAGUCGCUCGGCGCUCUCGGAAGGCUCCUUUUGUGCUACCCAGAAACUGUUUGUCCGUCAGCGUGUACACGAUACACGAUGGUCUCCUUUGCUGCGUAUUCCAUCCGCUAUAUCUGGAGGUUGCAGGGAAUGUCGCUGACACGUUUGUGGCCCGUCAUAUCGCAUUGGCACCGCAGAAAGAUAGCACGACAAUAACUAUCUUGUUUGUUGUUGUUAUUACCACUAUUCUUCUUUCUCGCCAGCUUCUUUCUCCAGUUCAUCGUCAAAUCUAUGACAUAAUGUCACGAGAUCGACCACGUGUUCUGGCUUGGUAGCCCCCACAAUCACCUUGGAAAUGGCUUUUUCUUUGAGCAGGUACUUGAGAGCGUAGUCUUGUAGCUUUUCGUCUUGAGGGAUAUCCUCGUAGCGAUACCCUUGACCAUCGUCUCCACCACUUUGAAGCAGCUGUCGUGUGUUGCGAGCAAUCGAGUAUCGAACCGCCAGGGAAUAGGAUUUGAAGAACAUUUCCAAGACAUCGGCUGUUUCUUCGUCGUAUCCUUCGAAUGUAUCGUGUAUGAGUGGAAUGAUGCGUUGAUAGAGGUGUUCCUCGUGCGCCCCCAACGAUCGCACUUCGGCCAAUCCUACAUCCAAAUCGUGCAGCAUGCUUUGAAGCAAACGACAUCCAUCCAGAGUUUCCCGUUCUUCGCAGAUCAAUUCUCGAUUCAUUUUUUCCUCCAAUAGGUGCGAGGCAUCAAAGUGUCCCAUGGCCUUUCGAAGGGCAAUCGAGUAGAUCAGUGGUGGCCCACUCAUUUGAUUGGACCAUUGUUUGGAUGCCAAUUCUUCCACCGAGAGUUCUUUGGGCACGUCUUGUUCUUCUAGUUGUUCUGCUCCCGUCUUGACCUCCUGAUCCUUGUCAUUAUCAUUGCUGUCGUCUUCAUCUUCUUCUUGUGGCCCCGUGGGAAGCAAGUAAUCGACCAAUCGAAAGGCAUGUCCGGUUCCGGUCCCUCGAUCGGGAUAGCACGUCAUGGGACGCAUGGCAUAUAUUUCCAACGAAUCUUUCAAGUAGUGCGGUUCUUCUUGUUGUUGUACUUUGGCGUAUAGUUCCCGUGCCGCGUCCAAUCCGGUUCGUUCCAUGAGAUUAAUGGGCAACUGAAUGACGGAUAAAUGACACUGAUGUUGAUUCAUUUGUUCCAUGGUGCCUUGUACUGCUUGUAGGAUUGUGUUGACGUCCAAUGCCAAUGGAUGUUCUGGCGGCAAUACCAAGCCAUUGCUGACAAUUCCGUAUCCGGAUAUUUGUUGAUUGGCGACUGCCUGUUCCAUGGCACAAAAUGCAUCGAUCAAUUUGUCUUUUAAGAAUU